ACUUCUAAAAACAAAAACAAAACAAACAAACAAACAAAACUGUUACCUUCAACUUACUAAAAAUGUCUGUUUUCAAUGCCAAAGUGACUUCAACUGAGCCUCUCUCUAAGGAAGAAGCUCGAUGGAUCAAACUCUCCAAAAUCACAUAUCGCGACCCAACAGGCACAUCCCGAACAUGGGAAUCAGCCGAACGCCUCACCCGUCCUAAAACCGCCGACAUCGACGGCGUAGGCAUAGUAGCAAUCCUCCCCCUCCCCACCGGCCCCGAACUCAUCCUCCAAAAACAAUACCGCCCUCCAAUCAACGCCGUAACAAUCGAAGUACCAGCCGGAUUGAUCGACGACGGCGAAACACCCGAAGAAUGCGCCAUCCGCGAACUCCGCGAGGAAACAGGCUACGUCGGCGUCGCUACUGAGACUUCGCCCAUGAUGUUUAACGACCCGGGGUUUUGUAACACGAACUUGAAGAUGGUGCAUGUUAGUGUCGACAUGGAGCUGCCGGAAAAUAAGGAUCUGAAGCCGGAAUUGGAGGAGGGCGAGUUCAUUGAGGUUUUUACGGUCAAGUUGACGGAUUUGUGGGGGAUGUGUGAGACGUGGGAGAGGGAGGGUUGUGCGAUUGAUGCGAGGGUUGGGACUUUGGCGGAGGGCAUUUUGUUGGCGCAGAGGUUUAAGCUGUAGAUGAGUCGACUGAAAGAUUAUAGAGGAUGAAAGAAAAGUUAAAAUUAGAAUCAGUUGGUUGCAGAUGUCUCUUCACGUCAGGAUGCCAGACUGAAAGCACAAGUACGUUCUCUAUCAUCCCCAAAUAUGUACA